CGCCGAUCCCCGUGAUCCUCUGCCGCGGGGUGCACAUGAGAGAGGACAGGCAUGGCGCAAAGAGCAGAGGGCGAGGUGAAGGAGGCAGACCAGAUCUUUCUGCUGAUGAAGGAAGAGUAUCGAAUUUCUCGGAAUGUGCGCUUGGCCUGGUUCCUUGGGAAACUCAAUCAAGUCAUCUGGCCGGUGUCUACUCCAGAGCUGUUGCAUUCGGAGAAUGAGCUGGACCUGCUGAGCAUCCUGCCUAAAGGCUGGCAGCCUGAGCCCAAUGACUCUGCUCAGCCUUAUGUACUGGUGCCCUCCACCAGAGCCUCCUUCUUGGCUCGGAGGUACCGCUUCGUCAUCCAGCUGGACCUCAGCCCCUCCACCAGGAUAGUGGAUGAUGGCACCGGGGAGAUGAUUUUUGAUGAGGUCUUCCACGCUCUGUCCCGAUGUUUGACAGGUCUAGUCCAGCCUUUUAAAGUCCCAGGCACUGAGCAGUUAUUCCGACCCAACAUCUUCAUCACCAUCCUGGCCUACUCCUCCAUCAUCGGUCUCAGCUCGCAUCAGGUCCUCAUUCAGGGCUGUCAGCUGGAGCGCACAGACUUGGACGUUUUCUUGAAGAACAUCUACCACCAGCUGAGGGCUCUGGAGAACAGUAUCGCUGAAGUGCUGCACCAGCAAUACUUGCAGGCCAAAGCAGCUGUCCCGGGCCCAGAGGAACGAGGGGGGGCCUGGUCUAGUCCCUCGGCAGUGUCCAUGGUGUCUGCAGACAUGGGCCUAGUCAGUAUGAUCCGUCAGGGCAUCCUGGCUUUGCAGCUUCUGCCCCCCAACUCCAGCGCAGGCAUCAUCCUGAUCACAGAUGGAGUGAGCAGUGUUCCAGAUGUGGCCAUGUGUGAGACUCUGCUCAACCAGCUCCGCAGCAGCACUAUCACCUGCUCCUUCGUCCAGGUGGGGGGCUCCUACUCGUAUGACUGCAGCUUCGGCUACAUCCCCAAUGUGGAGCUGAUGAAGUUCAUGUCCCUGGCCACGUUUGGCUCGUACCUGCCCAGUUGUCCCGAGGUACACCCAGGCAGUGAAGACAUGAACGCCUACCACCGAGCCUUCCUAACCUACUCCUUCCUCAAACACCCCGAGUCCACCAAUGCAGAGUAUUUCAGUGUAUCACAGCACAAGCUGUUCAACGAGCACCUGGUGUCUGCCAGUGGGAACCCGGCGCUGGUGAUGAGGAGGAAGAAGCACACUGAGAAGGAGGUGCAGGCACACCUGGUGAGUGUGGUGUCUGUGAGACUGCGUGAAGGCUACACCAUCCGCGAUGUCAACCUCUCCAAAGGAGGGAGCCAACUGGAGGUGAAGCUGGUGUUGCUAUGGAAACACAACAUGCACAUAGAGUAUGUUGCGUCGGCGCCCUGGCCCUUGGACCCGGCCAAGAGGAGCACCCGGGUAGAGGUGACCAUGGAGGGCAGCUACGACAUCCUCCAUGACAUCAGCUGUACCCAGAGGAAGCCCAUCACCAGCCCCUACCGCACAUGUGUCAUCCGCCGCUUCUGGAACACCCUGCAAAGUAUUAACCAAACAGAUCAGAUGCUGGUGCACUUGCAAUCCUUUAACUCCAUCCCUGAGAACUACACCAUCCCUGAAAGCACCAAGAAUGGAGUGCCUCUGUUCUACAUUCCUCCUGGUUCCACCACCCCAGUCUUGUCCCAACAGCACAGCGGCUCCAAAGACUCAUCUCAGUCCCAGUUUGCAGCCUACUGGAAACCCAUCCUGUCCAUGGAUGCCAACUUUUGGCAGAGGUGGCUGCACAUGCACCGCAUCGCCAUCAUCCUGGAGCAUGACAUGCCGGUUCCAAAGCACGUGCACACGCCUGGGAGUAAUGGUCGCUACAGCACCAUCCAGUGUCGCAUCUCUCACUCAGCCCUGACAUCUCUGCUCCGAGACUGCUCCAGCUUUGUGCUGGUGGAGGGCUACUCCUAUGUCAAGCUCAUCUAUAGCUCUCCUGACCAGCCCCCCUCCUCUUUCUACCUGGUGCGCCUCAUCUCCAAAGCCCCCUGCAUGGUACUGCGUCUGGGCUUCCCGAUCGGAACCCCUGCUCAUAUCAGGAACAAGAUUGUGGAUAAACUGAAAGAGCAGAUCCUCAAGCUGCGUUUUCCACAUCGAGUUCAGAGCAAGGAGGCAACCCCAAAGAUUAAGAGGAAAGCUGUGAUACAGCAGUCCCCUUCCAAAGGGCCCCCCAGUGCAGCCCUCCAGCCCUGCCUGUCAGACCGGCCCUGUGUGGUGGUCCUCAACAAGCCUCUGGAGAAGCUGCUCAUCAGAUAUGAGAAGCUGCCUCUGGACUUCCGGAUGCCGUACAUUUUCAGCACGGAGAACUGUCCUCAUCCGUGUGGUGGAACAGCUCCUCUCAGUGUGGCAGCCAACCGCACCGCCUCCUCCACGCUGGCCUCACUCACCCGAUACUUCCUGCACCGGCGCUGGGUGUGGGCUGUGCAGGGAACCCAGGGGCCCACUGUGCCCAUCCAGGCUGUGGCCCAUAUCCUCUCCAUGCUGUCUGAAAUCCGUGUGUCUGAGGGCUUCCACUUCGCUGCCAGCGGUGAAGGCAUCGUGAACAUGGUGAUUGAGCUGCCCAUGAGCUUCUCCUCAGAAACGGACACGGAGAGCCCCUCCUGCAUCGUCCAGUACAUCAUGUUCCCCCCGCACUCGAUCUCCACCAAAGACAGCUUCUCCACAGAUGACGAUAACGACACUGAGCUGGAGGCGCUGGACGUGGACUCUGAUCUAAGCCUGGUGACCGAGUGCUGGGUGGAGCCUCAGAGCGGCUCAGUGCUGCCCCCCUCAGAGCAGCUACGUCAUCUCCAGGGUCUGCAAUACCAGCAGAUACCCCAGGCAAUCUUCCCUGGAGACCUGGCCUGCAUGUCCACCAUGAUGACCUUUGAACACUUGAGCCAGCUGUGCCAUAAAAAGGAGCAGGUGUGUUCACUGCCCCCCACAGUUCAGGAGGUCACAGGAGAGCACACAAGCGUCGAUGACAGCAUCCACAUGGUCCCUUUUCAAUUUGAUCUGAUGCAGCUGCUUCCCCGGUGCCAGCAAGUGGAGCUGUUCUUUCUUACUUUCAGCACAGCACUGCAGAGCUCAGAGCCCCAGCCCUGUGUGCCCAACGACCUGCUUCUGAGCCUAUUCCACAGCAGCCUGGCCCAGGAGCUGAGUGACAGGGAGGUGCCUCUGUGUGAGCGCGACCACAAUGCCUUGGUCCAACACAUCCUACAGCGAGAACGCCACGGACACACACCACCAUUCUGUGUACUGCCGAGCACAGAGGAGCGUCUCCAGCCACUGGGCAAACAAGCUACCCACCACACCAGUGGGGACAGUAAAGAGGUGAUCAGCUCUACCAGCACACUGCAGAGUCUGAACACCACAGAGCUGGUCGAGGAAGAGCCUCUGCUGCCUGCUCCAUACUCCUCUCCUCAGUGGAGGUGCUAUGCCAAGUCCAUCAGCUCCCAGCACAUCCUGCUCACAUUGGUGCCCGCCACCUUCAAUGAUCUGCAGAUGUUGAUGGCUUCAGGGCUGGAGAGUGACAGCAGCACCGGGAGCACUCAGGACGAGGACACCCUGACCACCAGUGUGCGCUCCCAUGUGGACUCUCUGUGUGCCAGUCUGGACAGGUCUGAAUGCGGGCCCCUGACAGCCAGUGUGGAGCACUCUGAAGGGAGGCCCCUGACCUCCUGUGUGUCCCCCAGUCUGGAUGGACUCAGCACUACCUGUUCUCCCCCUGAUGCCUGGGGCCCCGGGGAUCAGCCAAUGUCUGAGAAUGAGAGCAUCAACUCCAGCUCAGAUGUGGACAGAGAGAAAGUGGUGAUGCCAGAGCUCCCUGUCAGCGCGAGUGCUCCCCAAGCCAGGGCCUCUCAGCUCGGGGCCUCUCAGCUCAUGUGUCCUGUGUACGUGUACAGCUGUGCCCUGGAGCAGCUCAGGGAGCAGCUGGUGCAGCCCAUGUCCAGCCGCCGACCCACCGACAUCUUCCUCAGAUCUUCACUUCCUACAGACCUGUGGGACUUGUGUCAGCAGAUGAAGUUCAGGAGUGUGUCCCAGGACCGCAGUAGCCCAUCCCCCUGGCCCGAGCUCCUGUCCCAGCCCCACAAACACAAGGACCUGGCCCACUACUGCAACCUGCUCCAGGAGCACUACCACCAGUGCUACGUCAAAGGAGUGUACCGCAGCCUGCAGCAGUCCUACAGCAUCAGUGCCCAGGAUGUCCUGCUGGCUAUGGACUACUGUGAAGAGUCCCUUCAGGAGAUGGACAUCAGCGCCUUCCUGUACACGCUCUGUGGACAUGUGCGGCGCUUCAGAGAGCAGCCAUGGCCCCAGGCAGCCUUUACCAUUGGGGACAUGGAGGAACAGUGUGCAGUCAGCAGUGUGGAGAUCGACACCAACAAUGAAAGUGAGUGUACAUCUCCACGAGCCGAAUGGGAGACAAGGUCUGAUCCACUCCCCGAGUUUCCUCUCUCCCUGCUGCAGAGCCAGUCCAAGUGUGAAGUGUACCCGAAGCUGCACCAGAUCAUACAGGAUCAGUUCAGUAAGAUUUUGUCCCAAUAUUUCAAACCUGUCCCAUCCAGUCCACACUACUUCUUUUACUGUCCUCCGUCAAAUAAAGAGCAGGACUCUGACAAUGAAGAGACAGAGAGGAGGCCUAUAGAGGACAUGGUGUCUGAGGCAGAGCCAGCUACAGAAGAUGAGGCCAUGUGUGUGCAGACGGAGAGCGACUCAGACCUGCUAGUGGAGUAUGAGGACCAGCCUGACCCCAGCACUCAGGCUCUGGGCAGCUCUGUGUCUGAUUCUAACACAGUGAACCAGGAUGAUGACUCCUUCAGCAUCCUGGAGGGUGGCUCUGUUGAGGGGCUGCAGCUGGACAUGCCCCCCCUCUUUGUGCACAUCACCUGCUCCGUGAACGUAAAGAGUAGCCACGGCUCUGUGCCCGUCCAAACUCUACCCACCUGCCUGGGUCAGGUCAUUUCCUGUCUGGAGAACGUGGAGCUGCUCCACUCGGUGGAUCUGAAGGACCUCUCAAUCACACUUGAUAUUUUCAUCCUGACACUUCCUUUGGAGAUAGAAGUACUGGCUGAUUUUCACCACAACAGGUACAUGUCCGAGAGCAGUGUGUCUCUGAACCGCUCCCCGGGACAGCCCUCCUCAUAUCGCUCGGAUGAUGAGCUGCUGGUGGGGCUAGAUGCUUUGCGGGCAGGAGGCAUGGAUGGGGUCAGUGGGGACCCUCUUUCCAAGCUACCGGAACCUCACAGAUCAGCCAUCGUGGCCACCAUGGACGAGAUCCGCUGGCUGCUGGAGGAUGAGAUGGUAUCAGCCCUGCGCUCCUGUCAUCGGAUCAGCUCAGACACUCUGCUCAAAGUGGUCGCGCACGUGUCCCGCUCAGCCGGACGCCCGCACUGUCACUGUGAGGAGGUGCCUCUGCAAUUUGUCUUCGGCCCUGAACAGUCGUUGGCGAAGUUCAAACAGGAGUUCCGGCACGUGUCUCUGGCUGGAUAUGUAUUUAAUGCAGAGGAAGAUUUCUUCUACAUUUCUCUGAGCCGACUGCACCCUCAGAGAAUCCACAGCACCAACAUGCUCCCUCUAAGCAUGAGGCCUCACACUCCCAGUGGCCCCUACCCUGAUACACCGGGGGGCCCUGCUGAGGCAGACUCUAACCUGGGUCCCUGUGCAGACCUGCUGAACCUCUCUGACUCGACUUCAGGAGCGGAGCCAAUGUCCUUCAGAACAGAGCCUCUAGCGUCAUGCUCACCCCCCAAAACACCCUCUAGUGGCAGCUUGGCUGAGUGCACAGGGCCCAUCUUUCACACCUGUGAGAGGUCUAGACCCAGCCGUGUGCAGAGCGUGGUUUCUAGUCAGGGCAGCCUGGAUUCUGACACACAAGGCUAUGACGGCGGCAGCAGUGACUCUGAAUGUGAGAGCCCCACCCUUGGGGAGCGGGACACACAACCCCCUCUGAUGCCCCAUUUCUGGUUAAUCCUGCGAGUACACCAGGACCGUGUGAAGGUCUAUUCACACUCCAGAAACCUGAGUGCUGAAGUGCAAACCAGCUGUGAGGAAGUGCAGAACAAAGAGGAGCAGCAGCCCGAGUACCUGCAGCUCCAUCAGGCUGUGGUCCAGAAGAUCAGUGAGAUCUGCCGGGUUGUCAAUCAGCGCAUGCUGCUUCAGGAUCUUCAUGACAGUCACGUGUGUAACUCUCUGUUGGUGGCUGAGAGCGAGGAGGACAUCUGGAAGAAUGAGGCGGUGUACAGGCAGCGGGCACACACCUCUGAUGAUUACAGCACAGAAGAGAGCUACCAGGCCCGAGACUACCUAGCUGCCACGAUGCAGUUCAUCCCUGGACACUUUGCCUGUGACGUGGUAUGGAGAACCAUCAUCCAGAUUCACCCACGCCUAAAGAUGGGGCCCAACAUGGGAGUUUCUAGAGCCAUCCAGGCACUACGGUCAGUGCUGAGCUCUUUCUGUGUGGUCAACCGGAAGAACAUGUUUGUCUACCAGGAACGCACAACCAAAUCAGUCUUCUACCUCAGGCUCUGUGAGACUUCGUUGGAAAAUCAGCACCCCUCACAGCGCUCUAUGGCCCUCGCCCGGAGCCAGGAGCCCUCCUUUUCAGAUGACCUCACGGGUUCCCGGUCCUCCCUGGAGGCUUCCCGGCCGGUGGGCCAGGUGGACAAACACAUCCUGCUCCUGGUGCAUGGAGUAGAGAACGCAGGCCCUGAGAUCACUGAUGAACUAGUCAAAGUGUUGCAGAAGCGCCUGGAUGAGACCACCCUGGACAUCAUCACAGUCAUGCUCGUCCGUAACUGCAAACUGACCCCUGCCGAUGUGGAGUUCAUCCAGCCGUUGGACGCUGCCCCCUCAGAGGUGAUGGUCUUCAGACUGCCUCCAUACUGCAGUGCCUGGCUCCCUGCUGUGGCUCACUACCUCCGCCAGAACCUGCUCAUCUUCCUGCAUGUGCCCAAGUACACAGACAACAACACAGCCCACCACUUCAAGCACUGCAGUGCUGUGAGCAAUGAUGGAGCAGAUGGAGACAUUUACCUGUACAACAAACCAGGAGGCCAGGGCACGGGGGGCAAAGGUAUCGCUUGCAUCACCCUGACGUUUGUGAAUGGAGAAGGCAGCGCGGUGCCCAUACAGGGGCAGAGAACUGAGAGCAGCGUUCUGACGUUUGACCCCGAGCAUUACGAGGAGCUGACCACGGUGCUGAAGGUGCACUCUGGCUUCAACAGUUCAGGAGAAAGCGACGCAAAAGAAACAGAGCCACAACUGUAUACACGCUUCAACAUCUGGGAACAAGGAAACAUCAGCCCAUUGCAGUUGAGUGACAAACUGCAGGGGGCGCUGCGCCAUGCUCUUUGUGAUGUAGUGAUGGAGGUACAAGUACUACCCAACUUGCUGUGUGUGGGAGUGUCCUGCCGACCGGCCAAAGCCUCCAGAGAAGAGGCUAAAGAUGUGGCAUCUUCAGUGCUAGAUGUCAAGGACAGGCAGCGCAGUGGCUUACGGCUUCUCAAAGGAAGCCCUGCUCCCAUUGUGUUCAGCCAAGGCACAGGCUCCGCCCCCCUGUCUCCAGAGUCCACCACCCCCACAAGCAAGAGCACCCGCCGCAGCUUCUGGGACAUCUGGUCAAGUAAACCUGACUCCACCGAACUGGGUAGUCCAAAAACCACAGAUGACAUUGUCCAGGAGAGGGGCGAGGAGGGCAGAGCCACACGUCGCAGACACAAGACGGAGACGGUCAGGCAGCAGUGGGGUCAGGAGAGGGGCGGGCUGAUGGAGUUGGAGCAACAGAGGAGACAACUGGCCCAGCUGGAGGAGGGGGACGUGGGAGCAUUGCAUCCCAUCUAUCAGCAUGUCUGCGAGUCCUGGAUAACAUUUAUGACCAGACUGGGUUGCCCUUCCAUUCAGCAGUGUGCGGCGGAGCUGGCCUCUCACUUCCUUCUGCCAUCAUUCCUUACAGAGAUCAUCAGUCUGGUCAGCUCUUUGGCCAGCGACACAGUGGUCAAGGCCUUCCAGAAGACCAGCUGCUCACUCUCUGGAGAGCUGUUCCUUCCUCUGAGUGUGGGGCAGAGUCUUGUCCCAUCACUGAACGCCUCACGGAGCUUUAUUCUUAUCGGGCGCAACUUUCACCAGUGGCACAACAGCACACAGCAAGUGAACAAGGGCCUGCAACACUUCGAAGCCCUGGAACACAGUGAGGGGGCUGUCCCAGACCAGGGCGGGACAGAUGCCGCACCGCGACAGAGGUUUCUGUUCAUCACCAUCACCCAUAAAAAGGUGGCUCUGUAUAGCUACAACUGGUCUGUGGACUUGGGCUGUACGCUGAACAGGGAGCUGCUGCGCCUGGUGCACUGGCAGAAUGCACGAGCCCAUGUGGUCCACUGCCUCCUCAGCCAGAAGAUGGGACUGUUCCACCACUACUGCUUCUCUGACACGCCUGUCCACCAGCUGGAUCUCAAACAGGAGCCAAACCCAUUCUUAAGCCCAUCCAUGGAGCCCGACGCUCUGCUGCGCAGUGCAAUGCCCCCAGUGUCCAGUAAGGACCAGAGCAGACUGGGGGGCAUGGGACACAGUCUGGCCCCACUGCACUUCCCCUCAGAGCUGCUGCCAUUUGACGAGGCUCUGAGGGACGUGUGCUCGAUCCCCGGGCUGAGCGAGGGGGAUGCGGUGUCUCGACACGGGGGACAACUCCUGGACAUCAAGGCUGGAGAGCGCAGAGAGCUGGAGAAGCAGAUGAAGAUCGAAAAUCUGUUUGUGACUUGGCAGCAACGCUCAGCUCAGUCUAACAUGCCCAUUUCUGCAGCAGAUCUGGAGAUUCUCAAGCAGUCGUCUAGAUUGGUCCACUACUGUGCCACUCCUCUGCUGUUUGACCCGCUUUUCCGCAAAAACAUUCAGGAAGAGCAAGUCAUCCAUUCUCCAGUAAAGAAGCGUCACCGCUCCAAUGACUCGAGUACAUCUGGCCGAGACCGCAGCUACAGCACUGAUUCUGGGGACAUGCUGCCCAUCCGCCUGCGGGAUGAGCCCUGGCUCGAGGAUGUGUCCUGUUCCUUCCUGCAGCACUAUGUGCAGUACCUGCAGAGUAUGGGCUUCAUCCUGGUGCAGGUGCGCCCCCAGUCCCCCGCACGGAGUAUUGCGAGGAGCCGUGCUGCCAUGUUGAGCUCCAUGUCCUCAGAGGGUCGGAUGUCCUUCUCCUACGUCAAACAGAAGAGUGAGGACAGCCCUAAGACAUCUCCAUCAGCAACUACACAUUACCACCUGCAGAGGGCGCUUCCUGGAGGAAUUGUUCUCAUGGAACUGGCUUUUCAGGGCUGUUACUUCUGUGUCAAGCAAUAUGCACUGGAAUGUUCCCGUAUACCCAUGGGUCAGUCCGUCAACUCCCAGGGCAGCCUCCUCGCCAAACCACGUGCCCGGCCGUACCCAGAUGCCUCGCUCGUGUCUGACUGUGCGCUCUCCAUGCUUUUCACCGAGGAGUGUGACAAAGUGAGGGAUCUGAUGCAUGUGCACUCCUUCAGCUAUGACUUCCACCUGCGCCUGUGCCACCAGUACCUGCAGGGCAGUCACAUGACCCUCCGGCAGGGCUACCAGCUCACAGACUUCCUGGACGACUUCAUCUCCCACCACCCUGACAUCCCCAAGUUUGGACACAACCAUGUCUUCCAGGGAAGCUUUUCCAUGUCCACGGGGAUCAUCCCUGCCCACCAGCUCUACAACUACAUCACUGACCACGCAGGCACCUACGGCAUGAAGCCUCUGCGCAUGUCGAGAGCAGCCACCUCCUCUGACAGUAAGAAGGCUCCUCCCGAGCUGCACGAGUAUGCCCUGGUGGCUCUGUGGACCAGCUCAGGCUCUUAUAAAGACCUGGAGGGCCUGCACCAUCACGACGACUUUGACGUGUCUCUGGUGGUGUGUCACAACGCUGUGCCAUUUGAGGAGCAGUCAGACAAAGAGAGGCACCUGCUCAGGCUGAGGUUCUACGUGCUGAUGACCAGUCAGAGAGAGCUGUUUCCUCGCCUUACCGCAGACAUGCGGCGCUUUAAGAAGCUGCCCCAGAUCCACAAGGAGCCAGAACCUGAGCAGGCCCGACACGCGGAUAGAGCUGAGGGCUCUCAGGACGGGUGGGAGCAGGCAGUCUGUGAGGCCAUCUCUGAUGGGAAUGAGUUCUAUCCUCUGGCUGGAGGCUCGGAGCUGCCCCCCCUGCCCCCUCUGUUCCCUCUGCUGCAGAACGAAGUGUCCACGGCUCAAAGGCAGAUGAUCCAGAGCACAGUGGAGCAGGCCAUGGAGCACUGCCGCAGGGACAACCUCUGGAGGAGAUUGUUCCAUGGAGAGCAUGUUACUCUGGACAAACUCAAGCUAACAAAACUGUCCUUCAGCGAGCUAGAGGAGCUGCUGGGGGCAGUGCAGAGCUGCUCUGUGGGGGACAUCGACCCUCAGCUGGAGUGCUUCCUGAGCAUGAGCCUGACCUGGUACCAGAACCUCAUCAAAGUCCUGCUCAACCGCUUCCCUCAGAGCUGCAGACACUUUGAUGAAUGCGGGGUGCAGUAUCUGGCUGUCCUCAACCAGAAGUUCACUGACUGCUUCGUGUUGGUCUUUUUGAACGCUCAGACUGGUAACACGAGUUUGAAGGUGGUGUUCCGGGAGCCACUGCCUGUUCAGCCCCCCUCUGGAGGCAGCCCCCCUCCUCAACUCGUUCACAUGUACCACCACCUGGAGUCCAUCAUCAACACAGCCUGCUAUAACCUGUGGACUGGCCUCCUGUAGAGACACAGCCUGCAGCCCCAAGCACUCAUGCUACUGCUAAAUUUACUGCUAAAUCUAUUGCUAAGGGACUUUCUGGUGCACUUUUUUGACCAUCUCAUAUCCAAAGCCUAACCCUAAAGGAACCAUAUGUACCCUGCGCACUUACUGUUUAAAAAAACACUGCACUAGUACUGUGCUAUGGUUGGCAGUAGGUGCUGGGAUUUAAAAGGACUCUCUGACAAUCCAGAUGAGAGUCCUUUUAAGUUUAAACCAACUGGAUUUCAGCUUUGAAAUUGGCAACCCAAAUGAGAUACUCAUGUGACGCUCAUUCUGCUUUCUGAUUGGAUAAUCAUCUUGUAAGUAAGAAUAAAUCAGCACAAUAAUGUUAUCAGUAAAAGCUAUAUUUGAAUAUGAUGGCAAUAUGAGCAGUUGUGUUUUGAGUUUUUUCUUGAGUAAUGCAGAAUAUAGGGAGCCACUGUUUGUAAACCUGUGCCAGGGGGCACAAAAAGUAAAACCAAACUCUUCCUUUCAGACCUGAUCCUUCCCCUCCUUUCAGACCUGUUCAAGAGCAUUUUUGGUUUUGUUUUGCAUUAUAUGGUGGCUUAAGGAAAAAUAGUCUUAAUGUAUUUCAAUAUGUAUGAAUAAAAUGUGACUGAGCAUCCACACUACAAAGUUUCUAUGAAGAACACGAGAAGGAUUGAAAGUCAUUUUUUAAAGGUUUCUCUUAGUUUUAAUUGUGUAGUGUGUGUUUCUGGAUCUCCUCAUCUCAGGGUGGUUCUCGCAUAAUGCCAAAUAAUUUGUAAAAUUAUUCAAUCAUCGAGUUGUGGCAGUGUUACACUCCAACUGUAAAUAUUCACCACUCAGCACUUUUUACAUUAAUGCAACUUUCUAUAUUUAUACUGUACAGCAGGACAGUGACAUGCACUGUGAUAGGAACUCUUCUGCUAACCAAUCUGCACCCACAGCCAUCUGCAUUUAAAACAUCCCUACCCUGAGCACUGGGUGUUCGGGACCAGGCUUGGGUGUAGCUUCUUUUCCAGCAUUAUUAUGGUUUUGGGUUGGUGUAGGAAGUGCCUUUUCGUUUGAAUGUGAACUGCCUUUGUGUGUCCAUGGUGUUCAUUAGACUGGAGUGCUGGCAUGUACAUUUCUGUGCAUACACCAAACUGAAAUAAAGAUG